CCCUCCCGUGACGUCACUUCCGGGGCGGCCCCGGGCGGGGCCCGCGCGGGCGCCGCUGUCCUGAGCUGUCUUGGCUCGGCCGGCGGACACGUCCUCGCGCCGGGCAGCGGGCGCUUCCCCGCCGUCCGAGGGCCGCCGGGCCGCCGCGGGCCUGCCGCGCCUGGAUGCACCUGUUUGCAGAGUGGAGCGUCUGCCUUCGUCCCACCUGUGCACGAAGCAUGCCAUGGCCCAGGGGCGCACCUCCUGCAGAGCCAGACCUCACCUGGCCCGCCCCCAGUGCCCAGCCCGCAGCUCCCCGACGAGGAAGAUGGCCCAGCCCAGGAGUGCGCCCUGAGCGGCCGCCUCUGGUUCCCUGGCCGGGCAGGAGGGAGCCGUCACCAGUGUGAGCAGCCGGCCGGCCCGGCCCGUCCGCAAGAUGUGGGCAGCCCUCGUGCUCCUCUGCAUUUCCUCCUUGUCCUUGUCUGAAAGCCGGGUGGCGUCCCCCGAGGCACGGCCCCUCAUCCCUCAUGGCACAUGGAACAAACUGGUCAAACGAGAUGCAUCAGUGGAAACAGCUCCAGGGACCGAGAGUAAAACGCCGGCGCUGGCGCUAACCAGCACGCAGACGCCGGGGACCGUGGUGACCGGCCAUGCCUCCACGGCCGUCACGGCAGAGACGACAAACAGCACAACACACACGGCCCCGGCCACUGUGCAGCGGACGACGGGCGGGGCGGCCUCCCGAGCACCCUCGUCGCCCACCUCGGCUGUCCCCACAACCACCGCUGGGCUUCUGCCCCCCAGCACGUCUCAUGCCCAGGUGCCCGGCAGCAGCUCUGUGCCAAGAACGGCCACAUCGGCAGCACCAGCCACAAGUGCCCACACCACUGCCGUGACCACUGUGCACACAAGCAGUCCCACGGGCACCCACGGUCCUUCCGAGCACACCCCCGGGAACGCCACGGCCAGCCCCGCACCCACCACGGGUCCCCAAGCACAAGGCCCCACUGUGCAGGUGCCAACACACCCGCCUGUGGUUAGCACGGUACAUGGGCCCACGCCCACCCCCUCGCCCACAACCCUGGAGCCCAACACCUCUACCCCCACCCCCAGCCCCUCCCCCUCCCCCAGGCCCUCCCCCACUAUGGCUUCCACAUCGUCCACAGCAGUGACCACCACCAAGCCACCAGCUGAGGAGCCGACCACCAACUCGGGGCCAGCGCCUCCCACCCACCUGAGCCCUCAGGUGCACACCACAUCCCCUACGACACAGCCAAGCCCUGCCUCGCCCACUGGGGCGGCCAGCAGCCCGGGCACUGUCCAGACGCCAGAGCAGGUGGGGACCAGGGCCACGACCGGCUCUGCCUCCACCGGGCUGACACCCAGGAGCUCAGGGGACUCGCCGACACCAGCCACAGACUCGUGCCCGCCCAGCACCCAGGGCCGGUACCUGGUGGUCACCACCAAGGCCCUGAGCCCUUCCCCGGUGAACAGAACCUUCCUGGUGGCGGUGCUCGUGCUGGGGGUGACGCUGUUCCUCACGGUCCUGGUUCUGUUCGCCCUGCAAGCCUACGAGAGCUACAGGAAGAAGGACUACACGCAGGUGGACUACCUGAUCAACGGCAUGUACGCAGACUCGGAGAUGUGAGGCCCGGCCCCCUGCCACGCCCGGUGCUUCCAGACCUGGGGUGGGGUCUGGGGAUGACGUCAGAUGUGAGACCCGGUCCCCCCACCACGUCCAGUGCUUCCAAACCAGGUGGGGUCUAGGAAUAAUGCCAGAUACAAGGCCCAGCCCCCGGUCACUCCCAGUGCUCCCAGACCUGGGAUGGGGUCUAAGGAUGACGUCAUACGAGGCCCAGUCCCCCCAGCCACACCCACUGCUUCCAGACCUGGGGUGCGGUCUAGGGAUGAUGUCAUAGGAGGCCCAGUCCCCCGGCCACGCCCGGUGCUUCCAGACCUGGGGUGCGGUCUAGGAAUAACGCCAGAUGCAUAAACAUUUACAUGCUAUCAGAUUAACUCCCUGAUCACGGAAGACUGCAGCUUUUUUCAUAUUUAUUUUUGUAAACAGUCGUGGCGCCCGGCACCGUGGGCAGGGCCCUGGCCCCUGGCUGUGGUGCGUGGGAUCCUGAUUAAAGCAAUGGCCGCUCUG